AUGGCGUUGAAGCCAAAAUUAAAAGCGAAAGUUGAUGAACUGUUUUUGUGUUGGAUCAGUGAUCCCAUAAUUCAACAGUCAUUAGAAGAAAAUCUUCGUCAAAUCGUAGCCAGUGAAGUCAUAACGCAGCCAUUACAGUCACCUAGGUUACGACCGGAAUCUCCUCCUCAUAUUCCGUCCUCACAUAAACUAGCUAGUCCUCGUAACAAUCGCCAAAUUAUUGUGACAAACUCUUUAAAUGGGAAGGAAAAUAAACAAACUGUUCGAGAGUUACCUGUCCCUCGAACACCCUCUAGUGUCAAUAUUCCACGGUUUUAUUUCCCGACGGGUCAACCUGCAGCUAGAACGGAGACUGAUACAAUAUUAAAACGUGUUCAACAAGAGUUCUCUAAAGUUGAAGGUGGAAAAGCUUAUAAACAUCACAUGGCAAUGAUUUCUAAGGCGUGUGGAUUACCAGUAUAUUGGAAGAUGUUAUUAUUCCGUGCUGCUGGGGGUGAGGAGACCAAAUUUAUCACAUUUCAGCAAUUUUCUACCAUGUGGAAGGGGGUUGUUAAAGAGAACCAUGAUACAGCAUCAAGAUUUGUAUAUUUAAGUCAGUGUCCUACUGGUGGUUUAAAACAGAUGACUUCCACUAGACAUUAUCUAAUGUAUGAUGACUUUAAACCAUUAAUACAGGAUAUCAUAGAAACACAUCCUGGUUUAACAUUUUUACUAGAUGCUCCAGAAUUCCAUUCACGUUAUGUAACUACUGUGAUAUCUCGGAUAUUUUUUUGUGCCAAUCGGUCGUGGACGGGGAAAUUAACAGUUCAGGAAAUACGUCGUUCAAAUUUCUUACAGAUAGUAGAUAUGUUAGAAAGAGAAGAAGAUAUCAAUGAAGUAACAGAUUUUUUCUCCUACCAACAUUUCUAUGUUAUUUAUUGUAAAUUCUGGGAGUUAGAUAGAGACCAUGAUUUAUUUAUUGAUAAACGUGACCUAUUCCGUCAUAAUGAUCACGCUUUAUCAAUGCGAGUUAUAGAUAGAAUAUUCUCAGGGGCAGUCACUAGGGGUAGUACAUUUGAACAAGGUAAAAUGAGUUAUACUGAGUUUGUGUGGUUUUUAAUAGCAGAAGAAGAUAAGAAACAUCCUACAAGUAUUGAAUAUUGGUUCCGUUGUAUGGACCUAGAUGGAGAUGGUAUAAUAUCUAUGUAUGAGAUGGAAUUUUUCUACGAGGAACAGGUCCAGAAAAUGGAAGCUUUAGGAAUUGAAAAGUUACCAUUUGAAGACUGUUUAUGUCAGAUGUUAGAUUUAGUCAGUCCGAAGGUGAAAGAUACUAUAACAUUACAAGAUUUAAAGAACUGUAAAAUGACUGAUAUAUUCUUUGAUACCUUCUUUAAUUUGGAUAAAUUCCUGGAUCAUGAACAACGAGAUGCCUUCGCUAAUUUAAGGGAUCCUGAAAUGGAUGGACCAGAACCGACCGACUGGGAAAGAUACGCGGCUGAUGAAUAUGAACUACUGGUUGCUGAAGAAGGAGCCAAUGAUCACGAACUAGAAGAAAUGUAA